AGCUAGUUGACUUGUACCUUUCUGUAAUUCGUAAAAUAUUUUUGCAAAAAGAUGCCCAAAUCUAAAAGAGAUAAAAAAAUAUCUCUUACUAAAACAAGUAAGAAGGGCCUUGUUCUGAAACAACAAAUAGUGGAAGAUGUUAGAAAUUGCGUCGAAAAAUACAGCAGGAUAUUUCUUCUAUCCGUUCACAAUAUGCGCAACAAUAAACUUAAAUAUUUGCGAGCGGAAUGGAAAGACAGUCGAUUUUUCUUCGGUAAAAACAAGGUGAUAGCGUUCGCUCUAGGCAAAUCAUCGGAAAACGAAAUUACAGAAGGUCUUCACAAUCUAUCAAUGACGUUAAGGGGACAAUGUGGUCUACUAUUUACAAAUAGAAGUAAGAAAAAAGUUUUGAAAUGGAUGGAAGAGUAUGAAGAAAUAGAUUAUGCUAGGUCUGGUUUUGUUGCACAAGAAACUAUAAUUCUACCUGAAGGACCCAUGUCAGAUUUUUCGCAUAGUAUAGAACCUCAUUUGAGGCAGUUGGGAAUGCCUACUGCUUUACAAAAGGGUGUAGUAACUUUACUUAAAGAAUACACAGUGUGUAAAGAAGGGCAAGCAUUAACUCCGGAACAAGCAAGGAUUUUGAAAUUACUUGAUAAACCAUUGUCUACAUUUAAAUUAGUACCAUUAGGUGUAUUUUCUAAGAAACAUGGAUAUAAACAACUUGCAUCUCAAGAUAAUGAUAAAGAGAGUAUAGGAGAACAAAUGGAAAUAGAGGAAACAGAAGAAGCUGAUAGUACAUGA